AUGGACGAAAACGGCCCUUCAGGGCGCAACAUCGAGCCCAAACCCAACGGGAAUCUUGAAAACGGAGUUGAGCCCGCCGAAAAUGAUAAGGAGGAGUCCCCUCGUCAGCUUCACGGAAUCAAGUGGGCGAUUGCCUACAUUUCCAUGCUGUCGACGACAUUUCUUUUCGCCCUCGACAACACAGUGGUUGCCGAUAUUCAGCCAGCAAUCCUUGAGGACUUUGGUGAAAUCGAACUCCUCCCGUGGAUUGGAACUGGCUUCGCGCUCGGCUCCAUGUGCAUUCUGCCCUGGGGAAAGGCUUACGGCGUCUUCGACCUCAAAGUCGUCUAUUUGCUCAACGUGGUUGUGUUUGAGAUUGGGAGCGCCGUUUGCGGCGCUGCGCCGAACAUGACAGCAAUGAUCAUCGCUCGUGUUGUUGCUGGUAUUGGCGGCUCUGGUAUGUACUCUGGAACCAUGACCUAUGUUUCAAUGACGACCUCCAUGAAAGAGAGGGCAAUGUACAUGUCCGGAAAUGCAGUCAUGUGGGGUCUGGGGAGCGUUUUGGGCCCUGUAGUCGGCGGCGCAUUCGCUAUCAGCAGCGCGACGUGGCGAUGGGCAUUCUACAUUAAUCUCGUCAUUGGUGCGCUAUUCGCUCCCUCGUAUCUAUUUCUACUCCCCAGGAUCGACCCACGGCCCGGCAAGUCGCUCAGAGAGAAGCUCAGAAUGAUCGACUGGAUCUCGAGUGUUGUGUUUCUGGGCGGAUGUGCCUGCUUCACAAUGGCAAUUAGUUUUGGCGGCGCUGUUUAUGCCUGGAGUUCCGGGCCCGAAAUAACUCUCUGGGUUAUGACCGCUGUCCUCCUGAUCAUCACCAUCCUACUAUCGUUCUUUCACCCAGGAGUGACCAAGGAGAACAGACUUUAUCCCGCACAUUUUUUGAAACGACCAAUCUUGAUAAACAUGCAGCUUCAAAUUUUCUUAUCUUCCGGCUUUAUUUUGUCUAUGACGUACUAUAUUCCCCUUUUCUUCCAAUUCCUCAGAACCGAUGGGCCUCUUGAUGCGGGAGUUCGCCUACUCCCAUUUAUCGUUUCGAUGGUAGUGUUGUCCUUGCUCAAUGGCGCACUGAUGCCAAAACUGGCAUAUAUUGGCCCGUGGCACAUUGUGGGUAGCGCCCUUGCUGUCAUCGGCUCUGCCUUGAUGUAUACGGUCAACGAACACACAUCCAACGCAAACAUUUACGGGUACACUGUGCUGGUUGGAGCGGGUGGAGGAUGCUACAUUGUCGCUGGUUUUGCGAUCGUGCAAUCCUUGGUCCCAGUACAUGAUAUCCCGAACGCGGUCGGCGCUCUCACGAUCUGUAAGAUCCCUGCCUCUACGACUUUCUCACCGUAUUUGGACACUAAUUUUGACUACCCGCAAACAGGCCAGGACCUUGGCAUGGUUACGUUUCUCGCUGUUGGAGGCGCUCUCUUCCAAAAUUUUGCGCUUAAAAACGUUAAGCAAGCGCUUCCAGCCCUAUCCCGAACCGAGAUUAAAGAUUUGAUUGCCGGGACAAGCAGUCAUGCUUUCAAAAGUUUGUCCGACGAGGACAAAGUUCGAGUGAUUCCGCAGAUUGCUUCUGCCAUGCGCUCUGUCUGGCUGCUUUUCCUUGCCGGGGCAGUUAUCAGUUUCAUUCUUUCGGUAACCCUUGCUGUAAGUCGCCUGUUUCCUUUCGUCAGACUGUCGUUGCAUGCUUGA